UGGACAUAGGGGAACCUCUCCGUCCGGCUACGUGGAAGUCGUUUUUCCCCAUGACCGAGGUUGAGUACGUUAGUGCUCUUCCCUGUGAUUCAGUCUGCUGCGAUGAUUAAGAAAUUUGACAAGAAGGACGAGGAAUCCGGAUCGGGGUCAAACCCUUUCCAACACCUCGAGAAGAGUGCAGUGUUGCAAGAGGCACGUAUUUUCAAUGAAACACCCAUCAAUCCCAGAAGAUGUCUUCACAUCCUCACCAAGAUUAUCUACCUCCUCAACCAGGGAGAGCACUUUGGGACCACAGAGGCCACAGAAGCCUUCUUUGCCAUGACCAGACUUUUCCAGUCCAAUGAUCAAACCCUGAGGAGGAUGUGCUACUUGACCAUCAAAGAGAUGGCAAAUAUCUCGGAGGAUGUUAUUAUUGUUACCAGCAGCCUGACCAAAGACAUGACUGGCAAGGAGGAUGUGUACAGAGGACCGGCCAUCAGAGCUCUCUGCAGGAUCACUGAUACCACAAUGCUGCAGGCCAUUGAGAGGUACAUGAAGCAGGCUAUCGUUGACAAGGUGCCCAGUGUUUCCAGUUCAGCACUGGUUUCCUCUCUGCACAUGGUGAAGAUGAGCUACGAUGUGGUGAAGCGCUGGGUGAACGAGGCCCAGGAGGCUGCAUCUAGCGACAAUAUCAUGGUCCAGUACCAUGCCCUGGGCCUGUUGUACCACCUUAGGAAGAAUGACCGCCUGGCAGUGUCCAAGAUGCUCAACAAGUUCACCAAGUCUGGCCUCAAGUCUCCCUUUGCCUACUGCAUGCUGAUCCGGAUUGCCAGUAAACUGCUGGAGGAGACAGAGGGAGGCCAUGACAGCCCUCUGUUUGACUUCAUUGAGAGCUGCCUUAGGAACAAGAAUGAGAUGGUGGUGUAUGAAGCUGCCUCUGCCAUUGUGCAUAUGCCCAACUGUACCGCCAGGGAGCUGGCCCCCGCCGUCUCUGUGCUGCAGCUCUUCUGCAGUUCUCCCAAAGCAGCCUUGAGAUAUGCUGCAGUGAGGACCCUCAACAAGGUGGCAAUGAAGCAUCCAUCAGCAGUGACUGCAUGCAACCUGGACCUGGAGAACCUGAUCACAGACUCAAACCGCAGCAUCGCCACGCUGGCCAUCACCACUCUGCUGAAGACUGGCAGUGAGAGUAGUGUGGACCGACUCAUGAAACAGAUCUCCUCCUUCGUUUCUGAGAUCUCAGAUGAGUUCAAGGUAGUGGUGGUGCAGGCUAUCAGUGCCCUCUGUCAGAAAUAUCCCAGGAAGCACAGCGUCAUGAUGAACUUCCUUUCCAACAUGCUUAGAGAUGAUGGUGGCUUUGAGUACAAGCGGGCCAUUGUAGACUGCAUCAUCAGCAUUAUCGAGGAGAACCCUGAAAGCAAAGAGACUGGCCUUGCCCACCUGUGUGAGUUCAUCGAGGACUGCGAGCACACGGUGCUAGCCACUAAGAUCUUGCACUUGCUGGGCAAAGAGGGUCCCCGCACCCCUUCGCCUUCCAAAUACAUCCGCUUCAUCUUCAACCGUGUGGUGCUGGAAAGCGAAGCCGUCCGUGCAGCUGCAGUUAGUGCUUUGGCUAAAUUUGGAGCCCAGAAUGAUGAUCUGCUGCCUAGUGUGCUGGUUCUCAUGCAGAGGUGUAUGAUGGACAGUGACGACGAGGUGCGCGACAGAGCAACCUUCUACAUGAACGUGCUUCAGCAAAAGCAAAAGGCCCUCAAUGCUGCCUACAUCUUCAAUGGUCUUUCAGUGUCCAUCCCUGGCCUGGAGAAGUCCCUUCACCAGUACACCCUGGAGCCCUCGGAGAGGCCCUUUGACAUGAAGACUGUCCCUCUGGCAACCACCCCCAUUACCGAGCAGAAGACAGAAAUCACACCAGUUGCCACAAGCAAACUGCCAGAGAAGCUGGCCCCAUCACGCCAAGACAUUUAUCAGGAACAACUGGCGGCUAUCCCAGAGUUCCAGGGACUGGGUCCGCUCUUCAAGUCAUCAGAGCCGGUGCAGCUCACUGAGGCGGAGACAGAGUAUGUGGUUCGCUGCAUCAAACACACCUUCGCCAGACACAUGGUGUUCCAGUUCGACUGCACAAACACACUCAACGACCAGCUCUUACAGAAGGUGGUGGUGCAGAUGGAGCCUGCAGAGGCCUACGAGGUGCUACACUACAUCCCCGCCCCCAGCCUCCCCUACAGCCAGCCAGGUUCCUGCUACAGCCUGGUCCGCCUGCCUGAUGAUGACCCCACCGCUGUAUCCUGUACAUUCAGCUGUACUAUGAAGUACCUGGUGAGAGACUGCGACCCGAACACAGGAGAGCCGGAUGACGAUGGUUAUGAUGAUGAAUACGUGCUGGAGGAUUUGGAGGUGACUGUAGCAGAUCACAUCCAGAAGGUUCUAAAGCCCAAUUUUGGAGCUGCAUGGGAUGAGGUCGGAGAUGACUUUGAGAAAGAAGAGACGUUUGCCCUUGCCUCUGUGCGAACACUAGACGAGGCAGUGGGUAACAUCAUCAGUUUCCUCGGCAUGCAGCCAUGUGAGCGCUCAGACAAAGUUCCUGAAAACAAAAACUCACAUGUCCUCUUCCUUGCUGGUGUGUUCCGUGGGGGUCAUGACGUGUUGGUUCGGGCCCGCCUGGCGCUAGCCGAUGGUGUCACCAUGCAAGUGACGGUGCGCAGCGGAGAUGAGACGGCUGUUGAUGUCAUACUGGCCUCUGUGGGCUAAAGGGCUUCUCACCAAGCAACAGUCUGAGUUCAACCUGAAAAAUAAUGUCGAAUAAAGUGUUUUCACCUGUCUAUUUCCACAGUCCUUACUAUAAAAUGUUCCUGAUUGUUUUUGCCAGCUAAACUAAAUAUCUCUCUGCUUUUGUGAUUACAAUACUGGCAUCGUGAAACAUGUCUCAAAGAUUUUGUUACUACUUCCAGUAUAUAAUUAAGCAUAGCUCAUGACAGGAAGUGGUAUUUCGCAUCAGGCCCAACAACAGCCCUUAGCUGUGAUAUAAUCAAAAUAUAUCACAGGCUGGGGUUAGCUAUUGCUUUCAUAAAACAAUUACCAAGUAUGGCAAUAUGAAACACCAUUCUUAUUAACAUGUUAAUAAAGCAUUGUUCUUAUAAAGAAAUGGGCCAUCCUGGAUGCCUGCACAAGGCGACUGCAAUGUAAUGUGGAGUGACACUGAAUUGCAUUCCCACAGUUAACCAAUCAGAUUGCUUGAUUUGAGCCAUCCAUUUUAUAAAAACUAUUAACAUCCAUACUGGUAGUAUCCAUCUACGAGUUGUACAUCUAGUUGUUUUCUUUAUACUCUCCAGUGGUCUUUUUCAAACUUGCCUUCUGUAAAAGGAACGCAUGAUCUGACAAAUGGAAUAAAUCCUUAUGUG